GCACCUGCGCCGCCGCCCGCGCCGCCGCCGCCUCCACCUCCAAAGCCGGCGCCGCCACCAGUCGCGCCGCCGCCGCCGCCGCCGCCGGCACCCGUGGCGCCGCCCGCACCGCCGCCGGCGCCCCCGCCAGCGCCACCAAAGCCGAAACCGGUCGUGCCGCGGCCGCCGCCCGUGUCCACGGCCACCGUGGGCCCGCCGCGCGGCGACGAGCCGCGGCCGACGCCGCGCAUGGCUGCGGUAGUAGCUCAGACGACGGGCGCGUCGGCCUUACCGGCGCCGCCGCCCGUCGACAUCGCGACGGCGAACACGCGGAACCAGGACCUGAAGAACGUGACGCCUCGCAUGGCUGCGGUCGUGAAUGCUGCCGUGAGACCUGCUCCCGCGCCGGCUCCCGCGAAGCCCGGGCUACCGGCGCCUUCCGAAGUCCAGCGCCAGAUGAAGGCGCUGCAGCUCAGAUGGAACACGGCGCUUGGGAAACUAAGGAGGUUGCGGAGAGCUGGAUCGUAUAGAGGUGCACUCCCCACAACGAACCUCGCCCCGCGGUUCAAGGCCCACGUCGACUUCUGCGUCGACGAGAUGCGCUGGGCGUCGCAGGACGUGCAUGAGGAGCGGAAGUGGAAGGUGAGCGUCGCGAAAGUGUUGGCCGACGAGGCGUGUCACAGCGUCAGUUCUGGUGAGUGGAAGGAUCCCGAAGGUCGGUUGCAGUCUCGCGAUAGAGAUGUGGAAGCGUUCCAGUCUACACUUAGUUCAUUAGCCUCAAAACACAAGGGUCGGGUCGUCUUCGCGCGCCGCUUCGGCCAGGCCCAAGUGACGAGCGAUCUCGCUGCUGCGUUAGCCCGGUCUGAUGGUCUACGACGCGUCGUGUGCUUCGGCGACGAGUCGGAGCGGAGGUGGACCCAAUGUAUUAGGGCACAUGGCGCGGAUGUUUGUUCUUCACUGGAUCAAGCACCUAGAGAUGGCCGGCCUCGAGUUGUGCUAGCUAGAGGUGACGACGCUAGAGUACACUCAGACCGGGAAAUCAUACGCCAGAAGGCCCGAGAUGAUGCGGAGGCCAACGAACGGCCGCCGCCCGUUUAUCCCGAUGGUGAUGCUCCUGAUAAACGAGUAGUAGCUUCUCGCGCGUCGCAGGAGUGGACCAUGGACGUGAUCGACGUGCGCAUCCCGAAGAAGGACGCGCGCGGUCUUUCUGAAAGUGUACCUACAUCGUACCUGCAGCAGUACAAGGCGACUUCAUUCAUGAGUGUUGUGGUGUCCGAUGCGCCGUCCGGUGCGGACGAGGUGCGAGACUGGGCUCGACUGGAAGCGUUUCUCAAGAGAAAGGAUCUCGAUGCAGUGCUGAAGGACUGUGGCACGGAACCCUCGCUCGCUCGGUCCAAACUGGAAGCUUCGGUAUUGAAAGCACAUCAAGCAUCGGUCGCCCAAGUAAAAGCAACACAUCCCCAGACCUGGGUCGCCUGUGCUGCGGGGGAUAAGCAACGGCGGUUGUACGCAAGGGCCAUGGGCCGGCCCGACGUGCGACGAGCGUUGGCUCGGCGCGCGACGCGAGGCGACGAGGCCAAGGCUGUCGCCGCGGCGUUACGGGUGUUGCGACUAGCGACGAACGGCGACGUUAGGAGCUGUGAGGCCGCUCUGGAUGGGAGCGAGGACCGCUUCUUACAAUAUCCCAAACGCGAGCUAGCGGCAUUGCUGGAGACCUCUACGAAACUUGAGGCAUUGCGGUCUAUCAUCAAGUCCUCGCCGAAGAAACGUAUUGUGGUUCUAGCGGCCCAACCGGAAGCCCUGGAUCUCUGUGAAGAGGCUCUGAGGGACCAUGCACUGCAUGUCUCCAAAACACCCGAGGACCAUGACCAAGUAGUCCAAAGGUUCGAUUCAGACACAAAAGCGCAAGUAUGCUUACUCUCCACAAGAGCUUAUGCUGCGUACGAGCCGCGCGCGCCGCCGAAGGCCGACCUACUCAUCAUUUACGACGACGACUGGCUGCGCUCGUCAAAGCGGUGCCCCUGCGACUGGCUCGCGCGCCUGCAGCAGGCUUCUGCGGAACUAUCGACGACGAAGAAGCGCAAGAAGGACUCGUCGUCGAGUGUCGAGGCCUAUCGGUUAGUUUUAGUUGAUUCCCUCGAGGCGGCGACGUUCCGGCUCUGCGAUCACAAGCCGCCUGAUAACUCAGUGCUGGAGGACAUCCGGAGUACUUUGACAGAUGGGAAGCUGCGGGCCAUUGCCAUUUGCGAUCAACGAACGAUCAUUCCUGACGGAUUGACGUUGUUAGCUGGUAGCGCGGUCGCGCCCGAAGAAGAAAGUUUGAGAGUGUUUGGCGGACCUCUACUAGAUGCGCCCGCGCGACGUCGAGCCGCGUCGAAGAUCGACAAGGCCACGCGACGAGCCGAGUUAGAUAGAUUAAUGAGGAGACACGGACGACGGGCGCCCUCCGACAUUGUGUACGAGGCCGACGCGGACAUCAAGAAUGAGAAUAGGUUGUUCUACGACGCCGUCGACGGUCAGACCGGUGUUUUCACGGCUCCGUCGCUGACGGGCCAAGACCCUCCUGACAGUUACGACCUGGGCAUCGCGCGAUUGCCGCUGCGCGAAGCUCGGACCGUGUUGCAUCGACCGGACUGGUUACGAGCAAGUCGUGUAGAGACUUUGAAUCGUAGAGUGAGAUUUGCGGCGUCAGGAUCGGCGGCGAUGGGCCGAAGACAUCAACGAAAGUACCGGAGGCAAGAUCCACCGCCCUGGCGAGCAGCUCGCGAUGCCACGAAGCCGCGGCACUGGGCCCACGCGCCCCAACUAGGGGCGCGCGGCUUAGGUGGUGAUCCGAAGGAGAAGCCGCCCGAGAUUAGGAUACCGCCCCUACCGCCGCCGCCGCCACCAGCCCCGGCACCGGCGCCGGCACCGGCGCCAUCGAACCACCCGCAGUCCGCUUCGACGAAAGCACGCUCGUAUAGUUUAGCGGGCCAAGCGACGCCCAAGAAGGAAAGUACGGACCCGUUCGAAAACCUGCGAAGAUUACGGCCGGACGACGUCAGAGGCUACCUGGACUACUCGCGCUGCCUACAAAAGGUCUGGCCUAGAGCGGAGCAGUGGGCCUCUAGACUACCGGAGGUCAAUUCCGGGAAGCCGCGGGACGCGCGGCCGCAAGAUUCUCGAUCUUAUUUGGCCUAUCUGGGGCAAUUUUCCGGGCAAGUUCCCGAGAAUGUGGCGCGGCCGCCCGGGGAAUACCCUGCGAUCGAGGAGGGUGCCUUGGGUGCGCCGGAUAGUGAAGACACGCUCGAGAGUAGGCCGGACCGACGCGCGCAACUCGCGAGGUUCGUGCAAGUGGUAAGAGCGCAUGAAGAAGAGGCCAAGAAGAAGAAGGAAGAACAUGAAAAAGCAUGGGCCAACGCGCCGGCGCCGGCCAUACCAGAAGAACCACCCUUCGAGGACGACGACGACCUCGAGGCGUUUUUCGCGUCGCGCAACGUGCAGACGCCGUUGCAGCGGUUUGAUCAAUUACAAGCGGACAACGCGGUCGCGGCGGCGAAGAAGGUUUUAGAUGAGAAAGAGGCUGAAAGAUUGCGGCUUAUUGAUAAAGCUGCGGCCGACGCCGCCGUCGAUGCGGCGCGGAAGGCUAUCUUGGCACGGUUGGACGCCGAGGAGGCGGCGGCCGCCGCGGCUCCCGCGCCGCAGGACGUGGUGAUGGCCGAGGCGCCGCCCGUUCCUGCGCCAGUCGUGCCCGCGCCGGUAUAAUAAAUCGCGUUUU